UCGUCUGUCACAUCCUGCAGGAAAGUUACGUCGUAUUGGUUUGGUUUGUUACCUAUUAAAUAUUUAUUACUUUAUAGUGGGUAGUUUUCUUUUCGAGUUUUGUAAGAAAAUUAGGAACGUGCAUGGUAUAGAUAUCGUUGUACAGCUACUCAAUUUUGCUCCGUUAUCAGGAGCGUUACUUAUUAAAUCAUCUUGUUUCUCUGCCUGCAAUGGAAGUAAACAAAGACGAAGCUGAAAGGUGUAUAGAGAUAGCAGAAAAAUGCAUCUUGGAUGGCAGUCGUGAGAAAGCUGAAAAGUUUCUGCUCAAAGCGGAAAAGUUGUACUCCACCCCUAAAGCUAAAGAACUUCUUGAACGUCUUCAGCAGCUAAACAAUGCUUCAAGGAGAAAGUCAAGUCCCCACGCAGAAGAAUCUGCUCCUCGAAAGCGAUUUACAGCACCAAAGAAAGAAGAGCCUUCAUCAAGUGCCGAUUUCACAAAGGAGCAGCUUGAAGCUGUACAGAGGAUAAAGAAAUGCAAGGACUACUAUGAGAUCCUUGGGGUGGAGAAGGAUGCAACGGACAGCGACGUCAAAAAAGCAUACAAGAAACUUGCACUGCAGUUGCACCCGGACAAAAACAAGGCACCUGGGGCUGCUGAGGCAUUUAAAGCCAUUGGUAACGCUGUGGCCGUAUUGACGGAUGCUGAGAAGCGUAAGCAGUACGACAUGUACGGGGCAGAGGAGGAGAGGCACCCUACCCAUCGCAAUCGUACACAUCACGAAUACAACUACACCAGAGGAUUUGAGGCCGAUGUGACAGCUGAGGAACUUUUCAACAUGUUCUUCGGUGGAGGUUUCGCAAGUUCCAACAAUGUGUAUGUGAGACGGGGCAACCAAUGGAGACGACAAGAACCUCAUCCUCAACAGCAGAGAGAGGCCAACGGCUAUACAAUCUUCCUGCAAAUGCUGCCGAUCAUGCUGGUUGUGAUUCUGUCCAUGAUGAGUUCACUGUUCAUAUCUGAUCCUGUCUACAGUCUAACUGCCAGCUCUAAGUUCCCAGUAAUGCGUAACACGAUGAAUCUACAAGUCCCAUACUAUGUGAAGGAGAGUUUCCACAGUGAGUAUCAAGGCUCGUUGCGGCGACUCGAGGCGUCUGUAGAAGAAGAGUAUGUCACGAAUCUGCGACACGCUUGCUACCGGGAGAAGAACUACAAGGACACGAUGCAGUGGAAAGCCCGCAACUUUGGUGACAAAGAACUAUUCCAGAAAGCCCAAAGCAUCCGAACCCCCUCUUGUGAUACUCUAGGGGAGCUGUCUAUGAGGGGAGGUUAAUAAACCUUGUAAUUUAAGCGUAACUUCACCAUUUUUGUAUCACAAGGAUCAUUACCCAUACACAUGUUUUGCCGGAUUUAAUUUUUUCUACCAUCGUACAUGUAACACCAUUCUAUACAUUUCUACUUUGCAAUCUGUUUGGAUUUGUUUUCAAAGUUUUUCAAUGUGACAGAUGCUGAUGCGAGCUAAUCAAUUUAUAACUAUCGUACCUGAAUGGUUUCAUUUUUAAAAUUACAACUUUCAUUAUGUUAACACACACUUUUCAAUGAGUUUUUGAUAAUUUUUUCUACGACGAUUUAUGAUAAGCAAAUGAGGAAUUUACAAUUUGCUUUAUUAUUUUCUAUUUGUUAUAUCAGUUUUUCAGUGCUGUCACUGAUGGUGGUUUAAAGUUUAAUUUUUCAUUGAGCUUGUGAUAAAUUUAUUGGUGUGAUAUUUAUGACGUGAAAACACUGUGUUGACAGCAAUAGCAUUAAUCAGAGUAAAAAUUAUGUACAAAAUGAAAGUGGUUCUUUGAUUUUGUGGUUUUAGUAAUAUUUUAAUGAUUUUAUUUUCCAUACAAUCUUUCAAGACGACGGAAGUCUUUAUUGAGUGUACAGCUGGUGCCAAUGUCUUAUUUUAUUGGAAUGUUUGUUAAAGUUAUACCAUUGACUUUGAUACAAAGACUUUCAACCUGUUGUAAAGGUUGAAACUUGUUCUUUUACGAGUUUCUCGUGUUGGUGACAUUGAGCGCCGCCAGUGUUGACAAAAUUAUUUUUUUCUUUAGGAUAAAUUUCAUAAUUUUUGUUUACUGUUUGGUUAUAAAACAAAAGGACAAGCUUAUAACUACAUUGUUUUCAUUGGUUAUAAUACUUUUUAAAUAACCAGAAACAAAUAGUAAACAUAAACACACUUUCUACAUGAACUGUAUGGAACUAAAAGUAAAAUUGUCUUCACUUGAUCGGUAAGGAUGUAUCUAUAAAGCAGUAUAUUUAAUGUAAAUGGCUAACCUAAAAUCCUACUUGGCUGACAAGCCCAAUUGCCAUACUAGAUUUUAUAUGUAACCCAGUAAUAUGUAUAUAAUAUAAUGUAACGGUAUAUAAUGCAAAGCAUUUCGUAAUGUAAUCGUAUGAAACUAUUCUUUUCAUUCAGAUUUUAGAUUUUACUAAUACAGUAGAGUUUCAAUAGUCCGAAAUGGAUGGGACCGGACCCAUUUCGGCCUACCAAAUAUUUCGGAUUAAGUGAAAUGUUUACUAAAAUACACAUAAUUAUGAAAUACACAACGUUUAAGUUGGCCCAUUGGCCUACUAAAAGUCUAUCUCGCCCGUCCGCUCGGACGCUACAAAUUACUUCGUCACACAGCAAAAACUAAAGACGACAGCUGACA